AUGCUUCAGUUAACUACAUAUGCCCUAGCGGCAAUCUCGAGUAUCCCACUCGCCCUGGCCGGCCCUCUAUCAAAACCGACAACCAAAUUUGACUGGUCAUCAACCAAAGCUGUGAUUGCAUUUGGUGAUUCCUACACCUAUGUCCAGGGAACUCAGGGCCGCCAGAACUAUAGUUUCAUUGGAGAUCAAUUCAACUUUGCCUAUGGUACGGAAACUCUGCUUUCUAAUAAGAUAGUUCAGAAUCAGACCGGAACCGCAGAAGGCGGACCAAACUGGAUCGAAUAUCUCACAAAUUGCGGCGUCAAAGAAGGCCUGACCUCCCCGACAAGUUGCAAGAAACAGCUCUGGGACUUUGCAUUCGCAGGUGCCGAUAUCUCAACCGAUUACACACCCCUCCACCACAACUACACUCUCUCCCUCGAAAAUCAGAUAACCCAGUUCAAACAAUACGGCCACACAGCCCUCUCAAAGAACAAACAAACCGCCAACCCAAAGCACGUCCUUGUAGCAAUUUGGAUAGGAAUAAACGACAUAAACGACAGCGCAAAAUACGAAGUGCCUUCCUUCCGCGAAUUCUACAAAACCCUCACAGAAACCCUCUUCGCCUCCGUAGAAACCCUCUACGACCUCGGCUACAGGAAAUACCUCUUCCUAAACCUACCGCCCUUAGACCGGACACCGGGAAACCAAGCAAAGAGCAAUCCAAGCCCGAAUGCCACGCAGGUUGCGUGGUAUAAUGAGGCUUUAGCGGCGCAGGCGUGUGUUUUUGGGCAAGGGCAUGGGGAUGUGGAGGUUGAGGUUUUUGAUGCUCAUGCCCGGUUGGCUGGGAUGCUUGAUUCGCCGGCAAGUAUUUGA